CACUCAGGUAUAAAGAAAGGCGCAGUUAGUUCCUACAACAAGACCCUAUUACUAUUGCUUUCUAUAAACAACUGACCACAGUUUCUAAACAUACUGAACUGACUUUAAAUCAGCUUGCCUAUCCGGUUUAUUCUGGUAAACGACAAGAACUGACCCUGGAUCAGUUAUAACCGCUGCACAAGCGCAGACUUCUAAUCACGUGGUACAGUAGCUUCCUUUCUUCUCAGAACCAAGGAGAAUAUACGCUGCGAAAUGGAGGGUCAUGAAGCUAGGGAGCCUGAACAGCUCAGGAAGCUGUUCAUUGGGGGCCUCAGUUUUGAAACCACUGAGGAAAGUUUAAGGAUCCAUUUUGAACAAUGGGGAAACCUCACAGAUAGUGUGGUGAUGAGGGACCCAAACAACAAGCGCUCGAGAGGGUUCGGCUUUGUAACAUACUCCUGUGUGGAGGAGGUGGAUGCCUGCAUGGCAGCUCGCCCUCAUAAGGUGGACGGGCGCGUUGUCGAACCUAAAAGGGCUGUGUCGAGAGAGGACUCCAACAGACCAGGUGCCCACCUGAGGGUGAAGAAGAUCUUUGUUGGGGGUAUCAAGGAGGACACCGAGGAGGACCAUAUCAGAGAGUACUUUGAGACCUACGGGAGGAUCGAGACCAUUGACAUUAUGGAGGAACGCGCAACUGGGAAGAAGAGGGGAUUCUGCUUUGUUUCAUUUGAUGACAAUGACACUGUGGAUAAAAUUGUUGCUCAAAAAUACCACACAAUAAACACACACAACUGCGAAGUCAGAAAAGCACUUUCAAAACAGGAAAUGAUGGAAGCGUCCAAUCAGAGGAGUGGGGGUGGUGGCUCUGGGAACUUCAUGGGUAGAGGUGGCAACUUUGGACGAGGAGGCUACGGUGGAGGAAGAGGAGGUUAUGGAGGAGGGGAUGGAUAUGGGGGAGAUGGUGGGAACUAUAGUGGAGGUCCUAGCUACGGAGGUGGACGUGGUGGGGGGGGUUAUGGGGGAGGAGGUCCUGGGUAUGGAAACCAGGGAGGAGGAUAUGAUAACUACAAUGACGGAGGCAACUUGGGAGGAAACUUUGGUGGUGGAGGAGGAGGUGGUGGAAAUUACAAUGACUUUGGUAACUACAGAGGACAGCAAUCCAGCUAUGGCCCCAUGAAGGGAAACAACUUUGGUGGCAGAAACUCUACUAGCCCCUAUGGAGGUGGCUAUGGCUCAGGCAAUGGAAGUGGGGGUGGCUACGGCUCACAGCGCUAUUGAUACUAUGACACUAGGGCUACAGUUCUUAGCAGGAGAGGAGAUGAGCAAGGAUUUGCCAGGAAAGCUGCAGGUUACUGUACUUUUAGGCAGUCGUCUGAAAGCAUUUAAAGGAAAAGAAGUCAGAAAGUUACUGCAGCUAUAACGGGAGACUAAUCCUAAAUUUAAAAAAAGGCUACACAAGCUACAAAGUGCAAGAGUGUAGCUAGUACCUUUCUUUAUUUGUGGUAGAUGUUCCCCCACUUUUUAUAUUUUUUCCUUUUGUGCAUCGGAAGUGUAUGUAUUGUGCCUGUGGAAUCAGAAAGUGUUUUUCUUUUUUUUUUAUAUAUAAUUUUUUACUCCUAACUCCAGUCCGUUUUGAAUAUUCCUACGUUAUUUUUGCUGUAGAUUGAUAGAUUUUCUCUGGUCUUGUCAUCUUUGUCAUCUUUUGAAGAACUCGGUUCUGUCAAAGGGGCGUAGAUGCAUCAGGCCCUCAAAUUGGCUAGAGCUGUCCUUUUUUUUUCCCCCCUCUUUGAAGUUAAUAUGAUUGCAAGUUUCCGUAUCAAGUGUAUUAUUAUUUGUAUUUCAAGAACAGUAUGUAUUUCAUUAGUGUAACAAAAGUGGUUAUAAUUAGUGCAGACGACAAUUUGAGGAAAUGUUUUACACUACUUGUAUGCAGUAAACUCAAUUCUAGAUUGUUAAAAAAAAGUAUUUUUGACAAGUGGAAAAAUAAAGUUAAAUAAAGUUGUGUAGUAAAGUCUUA